CAAGAGAAGAGAAGAGAAGAGAAGAUGACGGGAGAUUCUGCUCUGAGCCUGGUGCUGGUCGGGAGGGAGGGCUCCGGGAAGAGUGCAUCAGGAAACACCAUCCUGGGCCGGAAGGCGUUUGAGUCCAGAGCCGGCUCCUCUAGAGUGACGCAGGCUUGUGAGCGCGCAGAGAGCGCAUCGGAGGCAGCGGGCCGAGGGGCGGUGGUGGUGGUGGACACUCCCAGCCCGCUGGACAGCGCCCAGGAGUGCCUCGCUCUGUGCGGGCCGGGGCCGCGGGUCUUCCUGGUGUCGGUCAGAGUGGGCCGCUUCACGCCGGCGGAGCGGGCGGAGGUAGAGAGACUCGCCAGGGUGUUCGGGCGGGGCUUCUACGAGCAGGCCUUGGUCCUCUUCACGCAUGGGGACGGCCUGCAGGACGGGGAGACCGUGGAGGAGGAGAUCCGGGCCAACGUGCAGCUGGGCAGGCUGGUGGAGAGGUGCGGGGGCCGCUACCAUGUCUUUGACAACAAGAAGCCUGAAGACCGCCAGCAGGUCGCCCAGCUUCUUGACGCAGUGCGGAGCAUGGAGGGCAGGAGGAAAGCCCAGCUCUGGCGGCCGGGCAGGAAGCACUGGGCCGCCAUGGCCUGCUUGGCUGUGGCCCUGGCACUGGCGUGGCUGAACAUGAGGGGCUUCAGAAUCCCAUGGAAGAUGUGGAACUGACCCGUCUCUUUUCUUUCUCAGCAAGAAAACUCACAAACUGUGAACGCUGUCCUCGGCUCAAAUCAGCCCUUCUCAGCUUUUUCCCACUGCCCACUCAAGAUUCGACAUCAAGCACUGUGCAUCGCGCCAUCGCAUGCCUGUCACCAGCCCCACAACACAUUGGUCCAAAUAUAAACUAGAAACUUUAAGUAUAGCGCUAACACACAUGCCCCUCUCCCCUACUCCACACCAGAGUUCAGAGCUCAUUAUCUCUGUGGUGUGUUCGAACAGUCUGGACUGUGACCUGACGGAGCUCCUGAUCUUCUUGUUUGUUACUUUACUACUUGUCAAGUGUGGAAAACUGAGCUUGCACCCAACACAAACAGUCUCAGAGUGUGACCUCUAUCCAAACACGCAACAGUACACUUUGGUAUAAAACCUGAAGCUGCUUUUUUUUAAUUUUCCUUAUAUGUGGUUUUCCCAGAAUUCUGUAACACACCUCUUGUUAUCUGAAGGCACACCGAGAAAGGCAGGUUAGAUUAAAAUGUGUUCAGGAAAGCAAUUACUUUUUAAGACGGGCAUUCUGAAACGGACAGAAAAUUUAAAUAGAUAAGGAAAGUCGUUGGAUUCAAUCAAAACCCACUUAAAAUGAGAAUUUUAAGAAAAAGUUUCACUUUGUACAAGGGAAAAACUCUUUAGGGUCAGACUUUAAUAAAAGCU